CCGCCGCCGCCGCCGCCUCAAGGCCGCCCGCUCUCCGCAGGUGGCCGCGGGCCCGAGCGGCGGGGCCAUGGGCCGAGGGGUGCGCGUGCUGCUGCUGCUGGGCCUGCUGCACUGGGCCGGGGGCGGCGAAGGCAGGAAGACCUGGCGGCGCCGCGGCCAGCAGCCGCCCCCGCCGCCGCCGCCGCCUCGUGCCGAGGCCGCCCCCGCGGCGGGGCAGCCGGUGGAGAGCUUCCCGCUGGACUUCACCGCCGUGGAGGGCAACAUGGACAGCUUCAUGGCGCAGGUCAAAAGCCUGGCUCAGUCCCUGUACCCCUGCUCGGCCCAGCAGCUCAACGAGGACCUGCGCCUGCACCUCUUGCUCAACACGUCCGUGACCUGCAACGACGGUAGCCCCGCGGGCUACUACCUGAAGGAAUCCAAGGGCAGUCGGCGGUGGCUCCUUUUUCUGGAAGGUGGCUGGUACUGCUUCAACCGGGAGAACUGCGACUCCCGCUAUGACACCAUGCGGCGGCUCAUGAGCUCCAGAGACUGGCCGCGCACCCGCACAGGUACAGGGAUCCUGUCCUCCCAGCCGGAGGAAAACCCCCACUGGUGGAAUGCCAACAUGGUCUUCAUCCCCUACUGCUCCAGCGAUGUCUGGAGUGGGGCUUCAUCCAAGUCUGAGAAGAAUGAGUAUGCCUUCAUGGGCGCGCUCAUCAUCCAGGAGGUGGUCCGAGAGCUCCUGGGCAAAGGGCUGAGCGGGGCCAAGGUGCUGCUGCUGGCUGGGAGCAGCGCGGGGGGCACAGGGGUGCUGCUGAACGUGGACCGCGUGGCCGAGCAGCUGGAGGAGCUGGGCUACCCGGCCAUCCAGGUGCGGGGCCUGGCGGACUCGGGCUGGUUCCUGGACAACCAGCAGUACCGUCACACGGACUGCAUCAACACGGUCACCUGUGCGCCCACGGAGGCCAUACGCCGCGGCAUCAGGUGCCAGACGCUGGGAUGCUGGCUGGGCCCACCAGCUCCUGUGCAGAGUGCCGGGGGGGGCCGGGGGCCGCCUGACCCACGGCAUGUACCCAGGUACUGGAACGGGGUGGUCCCGGAGCGCUGUCGGCACCAGUUCAAGGAUGGAGAGGAGUGGAACUGCUUCUUUGGCUACAAAGUCUACCCGACACUGCGCUGCCCAGUGUUUGUGGUGCAGUGGUUGUUCGACGAGGCCCAGCUGACUGUGGACAACGUGCACCUCACGGGGCAGACUGUGCAGGAGGGUCAGUGGCUGUACAUCCAGAACCUAGGCCGCGAGCUGCGGGACUCGCUCAAGGAUGUGCCGGCCAGUUUCGCCCCCGCCUGCCUCUCUCACGAGAUCAUCAUCCGAAGCCACUGGACAGACGUCCAGGUGAAGGGGACCUCACUGCCCCGGGCGCUGCACUGCUGGGACAGAAGCCUGCACGACAGCCACAAGGCCAGCAAAGCUCCCCUGAAGGGCUGCCCCGUCCACCUGGUGGACAGCUGCCCUUGGCCUCACUGCAACCCCUCCUGCCCCACCAUCCGGGACCAGUUCACGGGGCAGGAGAUGAACGUGGCCCAGUUCCUCAUGCACAUGGGGUUUGACGUGCAGACCGCGGCGCAGCAGCAGGGCCUGGAGCCCAGUAAACUGCUGGGCAUGCUCAGCAGUGGGAGCUAGGGCUCCUGGCCCCGGGGGCUGGCACUGGGGGCCAGCCACCUCCCCGGGCUCCCCUGCCCCUCCUAGGACACGCAGGGCCCCGGCUGUCCCCACAGCUGCCUUCACUGCCCCUCUACAACUGCCUUCGGGAGGCCCAGCCAGAGCCGGGAGUCCUGGGUCCUGCCGGGAGCCCUAGCCCCCCUCCUGCCUGCGCUGAGGAGCCCCCCGUGCGGGGUUCCGGCCCACCGGCCCACCAGCCCAAGGGGCCCCCGGUCCAGCCCCAGCCUCAGCCUCUCCUGGCCUUUUGUAUUAUUUUAUAAAGUGACUUUUUUUAUUACUUUAAUUUUUUUAAAAAGGAAAAUAAGAAAUAUAUGAUUAAUGAUACUGUUUUGUAACAUAUUUUUUUUAAAUAAUGAAAAAAAAGACAACAAAAGAGCCUCACCCUGCAGGCGUGUUUAUUUGAAUGGGUCGCGUGCCCACCGCACAGCCCCCGAGCC